AUGCACUCUGGAGACGAGCCUUCCCCACAGACCCCGGCUACAACCCCUCUUCAACCGGGCGUGGCUCAUGUCGGCAUACGCUUACCACCGUUUUGGUCUCGCAGCCCGUUCAUCUGGUUCCAGCAAGUCGAGGCACAAUUUCUCCUUGCUGGUAUAACAUCCCAGAUAACCAGGUACCGUCAUCUCCUCGCCUCCCUUCCCCCCGAGAUCGCCAUGGAUGUCGCCGACAUCAUUGCCAACCCUCCGGCGCAGAAUCCCUACGACCAUCUGAAGAGCUCAAUCCUCCAGCGCACCACCAUUUCUGAGCGAACGCGCCUCCAACAGCUUUUGCACUCCGAAGAACUGGGGGACCGAAGACCCUCCCAGCUACUCCGCGCCAUGCAAGUCCUAUUGGCCGACAGAGCUGCUUCUCUUGACGACGAUCUGCUUCGCGAACUGUUUCUGUCGAGGCUCCCAUCCUCAGUGUAG